AAAUUAUAUUGAUAUCAUCGACUAAUGCAACAUUCACCGUACGAACAAAGAGAGAAAAGACUCAAGGUAUCACGAGCUUGUUUCACUUGCCGUGUAAAGAAAAUCAAAUGUGACGGUUUGCAGCCUUGUAUGCAGUGUAAAGCCCGUAGUCGACCCUGUUCCUUUUCCAAAGAUGGUAAACCAGAUAAAACUCAGUUAUCGUCUGAUAUUUACCCCGCUAUUACUGCUAUGAAUCCAACUGCAGAUGAUAUCAGCCCUCCACCACCUUGUUCACCUAAACCUGAGACAUGGCGACUGAAAAGUAACGAAUUGAUCUCGACAUCACAGCAAUUAGACCGACUUGGUAUGAUGUGGCCUGGAGAAGGAAAAGAAGGACGAUGGUUAGUGGACAUCAAUUUGCUAUACAAUGGACCUGAAAAAGAAGUGCCUUAUAGAAAGGUCCCUUUACCCACGAUCGAUUCAAACUUGAUUACCUUAUUCUUUCGUCAUCGUUACAAUGUAUUUCCUAUUCUUCCGAAAGCCAUCUUUUAUCGUUUAUUAGAAAAUGGAGAUCCCUUCAUCAAUCAACUCUUACUCUAUAGCAUGUAUUGUAACGCAGCUCAUUACUCUCACGAAAAUGCACCAGAAGCAAACACCUACUACUGGAAAGCAAAGAAGUUAUUGGAUGAUGAUUUUGAUACACCCACACUUAGCACCAUUAUUUCACUCUGUUUAUUAUCCACCUUUGAAUCUAACCGACAUGGUCCUGGUCCACAUGUGAGUAAAAACAGAUCCAGCGUUUAUAGUGAUAUGGCGCUCCGAUUAUGUUAUGAUCUCAGGUUACAUCAGCGUUAUAGCUUCCAUAGUACAGGAGCAACACCUGAUAUGAACGAGCUUCAGAAACGUGUUUAUUGGUCAUGUUAUUGCUUAGACAAGGUGCAAAGUUUGGUGUCAGGUAGGCCCUGUCUUCUUCCUUCCAAACAUGUCAAAAUCGAUUUUCCUAUGGUGCUUCGUUCGGACGAUCCUACCGAAUACGAAAUCAAUACUUGUUUUGUCGAACAUAUCAAAUUGAUGCAACUCACCGAACGUAUCUUACAUCUACCUUUACCCGAUAGACAAACAGGUACACUUCGAUCUACUGAAAAUGAACAAUCCGUUCUUGAUUUAGACAGCCAAUUAUUGCUAUGGCUCAAGAAUCUACCACAACAAUUACAAUGGACUCCAUUAGCAAAUGAUACCAAUACCAUUCCAACUCAACCUCCUCCAAACUCUCUUGUAGCUCAUCUUCAUUUAGUCUACAAUUAUGUAGAAAUAUAUCUCUUACAGCCUCACACUUCAUUACCCUCAUCUUCCACUUGUUUCACAAUCCAACAACGAUGUGCUACAGUUGCCACCAACCUCACACAACUUACAUGUGCCAUGGCAGAUCAACCAAACUUUAUUAUGUCAUUUGCAUUUAUCUCUGAAGCCAUUAUGGCUGCAUUACGUGUCCAUAUCAUUGAAUGUGCCGAUGAAAAACUCAGUAACGCAAGACAUGCUAGAUUUAUGUUUCAACGUUCACUUCGUUCCUUGAAAUCCAUCUUGCAUCAUCGUGUGAUUGACAGAAUCCUCGAAUUCACCAACACCAUUGAAAAGGCAUUAUUGGAUGCAGAUACAGGCAAUAGUUCCAGUCGCAACAGUAGUCCAAAGAUUCAUGUGUUAUCACCCAUCAUUCCAAGAACCACAGCUGCGACUUCCAGUACAAAUGAUACGCUGAUGGAUGAACGAUGGUCAAGUCGAUUCAACCCUUAUGGUAUGAUAUCACCUGCCUCAAGUACAACAUCUGGCCCAGCAGAAAAAAGUACCAUGACACGAGAUGAAGAGCUACUUCGACCUCAAAUUCAACCUAUUUAUAAUUCGAUGGAUCCCUAUCGCGCACCAUUUACUAUACCCACAACUAUGAAACAGGAUGAACGACCACCUGUAUGUCAUGAGCAACAACAUAUGGAAAUGUAUUCUAACCUGUGGUCGAAAUCCUCUUUAUUCCCAGCCAAUCAGCAUUUAGACAAUGCAUUUAUCUCGUCUCUGAAACCACAUCGAUUGUCAAAUAGCAAGACAACGGAUGAGCUAUAUUUAUGGGAAUCCGAACCCACAGAGGAAGCAGGAAAAACAGAAAGAGUACCCGUAUUAUAUACACCACAACAAACAGGCAGAUAUGGAUUAGGUGUAUAUGCUUCUGCUCAACAACAUCAUACGGACGUCAUUCGUCAGCACAUGCCUGGAUUAAAGUCCACUAACUUAAAUAGACCCGUCUUGUUAAACCAUCAUGGUCAAGUCGUGGUUGCUUCCAAUGAUACCAUGAACUAA